CAGUGAGUUAGUGAUCAGCGUUAGACGGAGUGAGUCGCGCCAUCCGCCCAAGGGCCCGAUCGGUUACGGUUAGAUCCGUCGUGGUGUCACCGUGAGUGUCGUGCGGACUCCAAUCAAAUGUACAGCCAAGAAAAUUCACGAUAAUCACGAACUGCAAUCGAUCACAGCACCCAUCUGGGCGGCCUAUUUGAUCUUAGUAUGCGUGUACUAAAACAUACGUCAUCACCAGCUGCCAAGGUUGCAUUCUUGUCAACGCACCGCACCAUCGCGACGAAUACUCAGUUCCCUCUUCAGGAUCAGUGAUCUGUGUGCGUGCGAGUGCGAGUGUGUUCCAGGAUGGAUGUGGCACCAUCGAUGGUGCAACGUUCCGGUGAUAAGUUGAUCGUGCGCCGUGUGGUCAGUGGUGAGCGGGUACAUCUCGGUGAACCGGACGAACCGAUCGCUCUCCAUCAGCAUCAGCAACAGGUGCUCCUGGAGCCCGGUUGGCGCCAAACGCUCGAGGAUACACCGUUCGGUGCCGGGGGUUCGUCGUCUUCACCACCACCGCCAUCAUCGCGCCCGGACGCCGAGAUGGAUCGUGAUCAUCAGCAACCGGCGGCACGUGAUGGUCCACAGCAAGAUGAACAGCAUCUACCACAGUGCAAGAUCAAGCGCAACUACUCCUGCGGUCGCUGUACGUACUUUACGCAGAAUCCACGCAAAUAUUUAACCCAUCUGCGGGAUACACAUGGGGAGAAGAUCGUGAUCAAUGAGUGCAAACGUUGUCUGUACGCUUCACGCCACUACCAGAAGCUUGUGCGGCAUAUGAAGAUGGUGCAUGGUUCGGUGGAUGGUAUCAAAAAGUCCGGAUCGUCUUUCUCGUCCACAUCAUCCGGCUCGUCGUUCGGUGGACGACGGAAUCGUAUCCAGGGCCGGAGCACAGGCUAUCUGGGGGCGAAUGAGGUGCUUCAUCAUCAUCAUCAUCAUCAUCAUCAGGGGGGAAGCAGUGGUAGUGGUAAUGCUCGGUUUUUAAUGCGGGCGAACGAUGCCGACCGGGAGCUGGCUACCGCUUAUGUGCAGCAACUGGUGGCAGCUUCGGGGCUGCCGAAACUGCUGGAAGAGAUGGAACGAUCCGUGGCCAGUACGUCGAUUGCAGCGAGCAAAGGAUUCAUCCGGGGUGGAGGUUCCAGUGAUGCAGAGGAGUUGCACCAGCUUAACCAGAUCAUGCCAUACUCCAGCGAGACGAUCCAGGAGGCAGCACGGCGGCGAACCACCAAUGAGGACAACGAUAAUGACGCAGAUGACGACGACGAUGGUGAGGAGGAUGAUGGAAGGCUGCUGGAUAAUGCCAAUGCCUCAACGGAAGAGGAAGAGGCGGACACAAAGCCCAAAAAGCGCCCACGGCCUAUACCGAACCUUAUUCCGCUCAGUGCUUCCACUUCACCUGUCACCAGCGGUGCCAAGGGCACGGAAAAUGCUUCGCGGAGGUUCGUAAAGCCACUGCCCUUAUCGGCGCUGACCGCUGACACGGCCGAGGAACCCACCGGCACCCAGAUUGUACUGACGCGUUGCGUGUACUGUGAGCUGUCGUUCAAAACGGUCGAAUCGUUGGCGAACCAUAUUAAGCUGGCCCACAAGGAGGACCUGAUAGCGGCGCUACUACAGAGUUCGUUCGAGGAGACCGAGCCAACGGCAGCUCGCACGGCGGAUGGCAAUAGCACACCGACAACGACGACGACGACGACGGUGGCGGCGGUCAACAUGUGGCAACGUUUACUGGACUGCAGUGCUGAGGUGCGCCGAGCGGAACUGGAGCGUAGUGGCACCGGCAGCACCAGGACCGGCCAGAGCGGAAGAGUUCGUGCAUCGGUGACGAUAGCAGAGGAAGGACUCGAUGAUGAUAGUGGGCGAGAAGGAGAUGAGCAUCAGCAGCACCAAGACCAGCAGCAGCAGCAGCAGCAGCAUACACAACAGACGUACUGCGGUAUCGAAACGGCGCCCGGGUACGGUGAGGUCAUCAGCAGGGUACCGGUUGACCCCGGCACUUCGAACACGCUGAUGAAGAAAGUGUUCAAGUGUCCGCACUGUUCGUUCUGGGCUUCGACCGCGUCCCGUUUUCACGUGCACAUCGUGGGCCAUCUCAACAAGAAACCGUUCGAGUGUUCCCUGUGCGCGUACCGGUCCAACUGGCGCUGGGACAUCACGAAGCACAUCCGGCUGAAGACGAUCCGCGAUCCGAGCCACAAGAAUGCGGGCGUCCUGAUGAACGAUGAGACGGGCCGUCGGAACUACACGAAGUACAACAAGUACAUGGCGCUGAUGCAAAUCACGGACAAGUAGCACGAGCAGCAGUGAUCUGCGAUCUAGAUCCAGAGAGAGAGAGAGAGAGUCCUUUGACCGAAGGAGAACAAAUGGCUCGUAAAGACACGCAAUAUUACCGUAGAGGCUUUAGAGAGAAUCGCAAUCAUUCCGUUGCGGACAAUGGACAAAAGUUUGGCAUAAGUCCAAUAGGUUCACGGUCCCUUAAGAAGUCGAAAAAGGUUAUAAGUAGCAAGACGUUGGAGACGAAGAGUCAAAGACCGUUUUGACUUUGAGUCCCGUUACCCUCCCUUACACCCCACCGAAUUGUACCGCGCGCGAACAAUCGAAUCGGUUUUUCUUAUUUCCCAAAGUAACCGAACCGAACCGAACCGAACCGUUCUCGGAAGCACAUUGCCAGUUUUAUGUAAUGUUAAGGUUAAGACGCUUAGGAACGUCACGAUCGAAGGCAGAAACGAGCAUUCAUCGGGACGAGGAGAAUCAUCGCAUCGUUAACAGUUAAUGCGCUUUAUUAGAAUGAUUGUUUUGGCUACCUUUGGCACAGGGCACACGUACGCACCCUGGCAGCUUGGCGCCCGGGACUAGGGCAUAUGGUUUUACUUGUGUUUAAGCAGCUAGAUACCCUUCCCCGUUACCCCCGGGGAGGGAUACCACGAUUCCCAAUCACAACAAAACACCGGCUACACUGCAGUAACGGAGGCACGAGGCACGAAACGCACCGGUGUGACCGGUUUGACGGUGUUUUUUAGCAAACAUUCCCUACGGUUCCAGUGCCGUGGCCGUGCCUUUCGUCCCGUUUGGGUUUAUGAUAAAAACGAAGGCAAUUCGGUUUAAUGUUUCCCCUUAUUUUCGGAACCAUGGAGCUACGGUACGAUGUACUUUAGCACCGUGACACCGCCGCGGCAGGUUAAUGGGACGAAUCUCACGACAACGACGACGACGGCGCAGCGAUUUAUUUAUCGAGUCUCAUUUGGUCGCCCCUCUCCACGCAUUCCCUUGAUUCUUGCUUUACUUAGUUUUGUUUUAACUUAGGUUGUUUUUAUGUUGCGUUAGUGUUUCUGUUUCUCCGUUUCUUCUUUUUGUUUUUGUAUAACACAGUUGGGUACGUCACUUAAGGCAGCAACAAAUAAAUGUUUUGUACAACUA